AUGGCUUCAAGAUUCGGCGCGUCCUCGCUCCACCAGCGCGACUCCCGCAGCGCCUUGUUCGAGGGAUACACCGGCGACAACGCAAGGAGGCCAGUCAGCGCCUCGCCAUCGCGCCUUGGCGGGUAUGGCUAUGGCUACGCCGGCGGCAGCGCCUCCCCCGCGCCCACGGGGAGCCACCUCGGCGUCGACAACGGCACCCGGGGGUUCCGCCCGGCGACGCCCAACUCGAGGGGUCAAUACAGCGAUGCAGUACUCAACGAGCUCGAGAGUCAGAACGACGAGCAGGUGGAGGGGAUCAUGGGCAAGGUCAAGAUGCUGAAGAGUAUGACGGUAGCCAUCGGCGACGAGAUCCGCGAAUCCUCUGCCCUUGCCGAGAAGAUGAACGACACCUUCGACUCGACCCGGCUGCGCCUUCGUGGCACCAUGAACCGCAUGCUGGUCAUGGCUCAGCGCACCGGCGUGGGCUGGAAGGUCUGGCUCGGCUUCUUCGCUGCUGUCUGCUUCCUCUUCAUGUACGUGUGGCUGUUCUAA